AAUAUCUAUCAACACAACGCAACCCAUCAAACAUUAAAGAAUCUCUCUCUCUCUCUCUCUCUGCGCGCAGAGAAGGGCGAAAACAGUGUGGCUUUGAUCUUCUUCAAGAUCGACAAAGAUCAAAGCUUGAACCUUUUUCUCUCCACCCAAACGAAAAAGGAACAAACUUUACCGGAAAAAAGACCCUAACUUUCCCGAGACUGAUCAGAAAAAAAAUAAAGUACUUCAACGAUGAGCAGUCUCGAAGAAUCAUUGCGAUCUCUGUCGCUGGAUUACCUGAACCUCCUAAUCAACGGCCAAGCUUUCUCCGACGUCACCUUCAGCGUCGAGGGCCGUCUUGUCCACGCCCACCGGUGCAUCCUCGCUGCACGGAGCCUCUUCUUCCGCAAAUUCUUCUGCGGACCCGACCCGCCUUCGGGAACCGGGUUCGACCCGUCGGAAAUGACCCGACCUGGACCAGGAAACGUGAGCCCGACACGACCGGCGGGGGUGAUACCGGUGAACUCGGUCGGGUACGAGGUGUUCCUGCUGCUGCUGCAGUAUCUGUACAGUGGGCAAGUGUCGAUCGUGCCGCAGAAGCACGAGCCGAGGCCGAAUUGCGGGGAGAGAGGGUGUUGGCACACGCAUUGCACCUCGGCCGUUGAUCUCGCACUCGAAACCCUCUCAGCCGCUCGUUACUUUGGCGUCGAACAGCUCGCCUUGCUAACUCAGAAACAAUUGGCAAGCAUGGUGGAGAAGGCUUCCAUUGAAGAUGUGAUGAGGGUUCUUAUAGCUUCAAGAAAGCAAGACAUGCAUCAGUUGUGGACCACUUGCUCUCACUUGGUCGCUAAAUCAGGCCUGCCUCCGGAAAUCUUGGCCAAGCAUCUUCCCAUCGACGUGGUCGCCAAGAUCGAGGAGCUCCGUCUCAAAUCCUCAAUGGCGCGACGUUCGCUUAUGCCUCACCACCACCACCACCACCAUCACGAUCUCUCCGUGGCCCAAGACCUCGAAGAUCAGAAGAUCAGGAGGAUGAGGCGAGCGUUGGAUUCUUCAGACGUCGAGCUCGUGAAACUUAUGGUGAUGGGUGAAGGCCUCAACCUUGAUGAAUCUCUCGCCCUUCAUUACGCUGUGGAGAAUUGCAGCAGGGAAGUGGUCAAGGCAUUGCUCGAGCUAGGCGCCGCAGAUGUGAACUACCCGGCCGGCCCGGCCGGUAAAACGCCUCUCCACGUGGCGGCAGAGAUGGUUUGCCCGGACAUGGUGGCCGUCCUUCUCGACCACCACGCCGACCCUAUUGUCCGGACAGUGGAUGGUAUCACACCUCUCGACAUCCUAAGAACCCUAACUUCUGAUUUCUUGUUCAAGGGGGCGGUUCCCGGGUUGACCCACAUCGAGCCGAACAAGCUCAGGCUUUGCCUCGAACUGGUCCAGUCCGCUGCAAUGGUGAUCUCGCGUGAAGAAGGUAACAGCAACAACAACAACGACAACAGCCCAGCGAUUUUCCCGCCAAUGAACGAAGAUCGUACAAGCGGGAGCAGUGGUGGAAGCAUGAACAACCUGGAUUCGAGAUUGGUUUAUCUGAAUCUUGGAGCAGCGAGUUCUGGUUCUGGUCAGGUGGGUUCGAGUCGGAAUCAUGGGGAGGAUCAUAACAGUAGCCAAAGCAGGCAUCAUCAUGAUCUAUCCAUGUAUCAUAAUCAUCAUCAUCAUCACUUCUAGGAUUCUUAGCUGAUGAUCAGAUACUGUUAUCCAUAUGGUUAACCACUCUAUUUUUGUAUAUGGAGAUGUAUAACAUUUUUAUUGCAUGGAAGGUGAUAAAAAAAAAUACAAGUUUAUUUUA